AACAGCCACUUAUCAAUGUCUAUAGCUCAGAGACUGUGUAAUGAAAUUGUGGAGCCAGCCAUAAAACCUGCUAUCUUAAGCACAUCCAGGAAAUGUAUGUUUCAGAACCCUAAGACUUCAUCAAGCGGACACCGUUCUUCGAACACCCGACCUAUUAAUCCUCAGAAAAGUAUAAAUGUUCAAAAAAGGAAGACUUCCAGCAAAUUACCAACGCGAGAAUCUUUCGGUAGUGGCAACUUUCUUCGAUCAUCCAAGCUCAAAAAUCUUAUAGAUACAGCGGUCAACACCUUCGUAUCUGGACCUCAAGCUUGUGAUAGCAGGACCCUUCUACAAUCUAAGCUCAAAAACAUCGAAAGCGAAAGUCAUAUUAAACCAAAGUAUAUUCUUAUAGAUACAGCUGUCAACACCUUAGUAUCUGGACCCAUAACGUGUGAGAACCAUUGCGUAACAAACUUGCGCAAACGCAAGUCUUCUCCGGCCAACCGCUGCGCUUGCAAAUGUUCUCUUGGAAAACUAAAUAAUUGUAAAGCCAGCGUUAAGGAAAUUCAAACACAUCAUAACAGAAAUUAUUUUCUCGCCGAUAAGGCUUGUUCAAAAAUUGUUGAGAAAGCCAGUUGUGGUACACAGUUUCUUGAGACACUUAGCAAAGCAAUACGGCAGCGUCGAGAUAAACCUAAAUCAUCGUGUAAAGAAACGAUGACUGUGCUAUCUACAAGACGAUCCCAGGGUACGAAAGUUAGACAGGAAUCUCAACACAAUCAUAAGAAGUCCCAGGCGGCCAAUUCGAACUGUAGUUUCAAGUUAAGUUCCAAGCGAUGGGCACUCAAUCACUUCCCAGUUCAAGGACCAGAUUUUUGAGACACAUUAAAAAAAAUAAGUAAUUA